GCGGUACGUCCACACUGAACCACCCACAGCUGGUCUGGUCUCUCUCAAAAUCACAGUUGUUUUGUUGGGAAAAAAAUAAACAAUAAUUUUAGCUGGCCGUUGUGUGCGAACGAAAAAGUGGAAAUUAUGCGAAUCUCGACAGGUGAAAGGGCAACGCGAUGCUGGCAAUGAAAGUGUAGGCGCGGCUUUUCCGGAAUUUCCAGCUUAUCGUCACCUGUGCACCUGUGCUGGCAUUUCCACCGAUUUUCUUUUCGUCCAUGGAGCUGCAAUGGCGACAAAGUUGAGAACGAUCAAUUUCGCUAAAUAGAAAGAGCAAUCAAGGAUAAAGAGCGGAGUAGAGAGAGAGGAGAGAAGAGCGGUGGGUGCAGGCGAAAUAGCGAAAAAGAACCGUUUUUUCCCCAUCAAAAAAGAGUUUAUUAAAAGCGAAUAAGAGUGUGAAAGGCAAUGAAAAGUGGCAAAACGAGGGUUAUAUAAAAAUAUAUAUAUGUUAAUGAAGUGCCACGAAAUGCAGUCUUUGAAAAAAUCUAAAAUAAAUCAAUGAUAUAGACGCAAAAUCCAGGAGAAAUAAGAAGAAGCAGCACAGCUGAGUGCGUGUGUGUGAGAGCUUCGCGUUGUGUUGUGUGUGCAAGUGAAAUCAAUAAUAUUUGCAGCCAAAAAAAUUAGAAACUGCAACAAUGUCGCAAAAUAGAAUCGAGGCAACAAAUUAGCAAAGCCAUAAAUCCAGGCUUCACUGAGCGAAAAAUUGUGCCUUUUCUCGGGAUCUUCGGCUGCAAAGCGAUAGAAGCAAAAAGCUAAAAAUAAUGGAAUUUUAACGAAGUUUUGAAAGUGUACUUCUGGUGCAAGAAGCAGCAGCAGCAGCAAUAGCUAGAGGAAUCGGAACCGGAAACAUCUCCAGAUCCAGCGGACAGGCAACCAACCGACCGACCGACCGACCAUGAUACCCACCAGCGUGACCAACUCACCGCCGCCAGCGGGAUUGGGCCAGAAUGGAGCGGCUGCCUCCUUGGGCUCGGCAACGGCGGCGGGUGGCGGGUUGUUGUCCGGCCUGGCCAUGGCGGGCAUCUCCGGAUGUGGGUCGAACGGAGGAUCGGGAGCUCCUCAGAACAACUACAGCUCCGUUGUGUUGGGCCUGGCAUCGCUGAUCCUUGAGGGUCGACCCAUCGCAGACGACGAGUAUGCCCAGCAACAGGUGGGCAUAGGCAUAGUCGGCGUGGGAGCAGCCACUGGUGCAGGAUCUGGUGGCGGACGCCUCUCGCCACGACCCUCCACUUCCAGGGCGGCCAUCAACAUCACAACGAAUCCCUAUGGAUCGAUGGGAGGAUCGGACAACAGAUCGGCCAAUGGAAGUGGAUCGGCGGCGGGGUCACCCAGCAGUUCGCUAACCCACCAGCGCUGGACACAGAAGCUCUGCCAGUUGCGUCAGAUCUCGCCAGCUGCCCAGACAAUGAGUGCCGAACCGGAGUUGGUUUCCCUGGCCAUCAAUGAGCUCAACAAGGAUCACGGCGAUUACGAGAUUGUGCGGCGGGUUAUGCUCAAUCGAGCUGGUGGUUUGGGUUUGGUUAGUGGUGGUGGAGGUGGAACCAACAACUCCAGUGCCGCCAGCUCACCGGGCUCCAAUUCAUCGGAUAACAUACUCCACUCGCUGCAAUCGCUGGCCACCACAUGUUUGAGAGGUGGACCCGCCUUGGCACCGCCACCUGUUGAGCCACGUCCUCUGAAUCUGGCCUUUCUGUGGUCAGGAUCGGGCGGAUCUGGUGGCAGAGGAUCGGGAUUAGGAGGAGGUGGACUUGGAGGAGGAGCAGCAGCAGCUUGCAUUAGCAACACAGCAACAACAACAGCAACAGCAACAACAACGGCAACUGCCACUGCCAGCAGCGGAGCAACUAGCUCCGCAUCGCGGCCCAAACACGGGCCGCACUGUGAUCAGUUCCUCAGGAAGAUGGGUCUGGCCAAGGGCGAGAUGCCGUCGGAGGCUGAGGAGCACAUCUGUGAUAUGUCCUACGUGAAUAUGACCUGCAAUCGUUGGCGGGCAUAUUGCAUGAAGAUGGAGGCCAUCCUGGCCAGACGCGAACCCGUUUGCAUCGAGGUCUAUCUGGGUCCCGUGAGCCAUAAGCUAUUGCUGGAGCAGUGGAUCAUCAGCGGCAAGGAGAAAGUUCCUCCACCCACGAUGACGUUGCCUUCGCUGUGCAGCGCCAUCCGGAGUCAAUUGUACUUCUCGCAGAUUGUGGCCUGGUGUGAUCUGCUCCGGAAAUGUGAUCCUUCGGUGUACGACAGUGGCCGUGUGAUCUUCUCCAGCUGCGGCAACAUAAGCAACAAUGCUGGCGACUUGGCCACCAGCCAUACACCCAUGAGUGGUGGUGGUCAGAAGAGACCGCGCCUCAACAUCUUCUACAGGAUCAAGCAGCACAACACCAGCGGUGGUGGGCUACACCACGAGGAUGGCUUCAGUGCCAAGGCCAAUGUGCACAAUUUUCCCAACGUCAAUGUCUCGGAGAGCUACAGCAUCUCGGUUAGCGUGCGUAGUUUGCCCCGGAUAAAUGGUGGCCUGCCGCAUGUGGAGCCACCACUGCCACCGACUCCAGCCCCGCGAAGUUUGCGCACCGCCUGCUCCGGCGAUCCGGCCAGCACGCCAACUGGAGGCGGUGGCCUACAUGCCGCCACGCCCACUGGCCUGGGUGCCCGGAUCAGUGCACUCACCCCAACGACAAUGGCCAACAGCGGCUCCAACUGUGAUAAUGGAAAACCAGGAAUGGUACUGGAGGGACUGGACGAGCUCGAUGGCGACACGAGUUUGAGCCAUCGCGAGAGGCAGCUGCAGAAGUAUCGCAAGCGAAUGCAGCGCAGGGACAAGAAAAGGGAGAGGAAAUCGACGCCAGAAAGGAUGGCAAACCAUCAGCCACACCAAACCGAGGAGCCCAUGGAGGAGGGUGAGGAUUUGCAGUCGCCAUCGCCAUCGCAAUCGCAAUCGCUAUCUCAGACGCCGUCGGAAAGCCAAAGUCAAUCACUGGCCUUGACUUUGCAGCAACCACGACGCAUUGCCAUGAUCUCCACAGGCACGCAGACUUCGUUGAGCAGCUGCCAGCAGUGCGGCAGUGAGAAGACACUGCUUUGUCUAAGCUGCACGGGAGGAGCCAAUGGAUCAGCUGGCAGAGCAGGAGAUGUAGACGAAGCCGAUGAUAGCGAUACAACGGCCUCCGAAAUGGAGGAGACCUCCACGUGUAGCCUCAGUAGCAGCGAUCUCAUUGUGGGCACACCUCGCAACAAGGCCGAGCUCCUGCUGCAGGCCAUACAGCGCACGCCAAAGAACCGCAAUCGAAAGCCCCAUCAGGCGGCCACCUCGUGUCGCAACUCAGAUCUCAAUGGAGGGCAGAACAACAAUCUGGUUGUGAAGGCCAUGCCCAGUGGCUGUCAGGUGUGCAAGCGCCAGAAGACGCAGCACAACUUUGCCAAUGGCAAGGAACACAAACCCACCCACACCAAUGGCGAGCACUCGAGCAAUGGUUUUGCCAGCAGCAUGCAGCAGGAGUUGGAAUUGGAGAAGCAAUCUGAGAUACAGAUUGCAUCCACCAAACUGACGCCCAACAUUGAACGCUGCUCGCUGAAUGCCGCAGAGCGCUGCAAGACGCCACCGCCCGACCACAUAGUGGUGCAGUUCAAGACGCCGCUGAGCCAUGUGCCGGCGAAACCUCAACCGGAUGCGAUGGUGCCACUCCAGCAGCAGCAGCAGCAGCAGCAGCACCACCACCAACAGCUGGGCAAAUCCUCACCGAAACCGUGUCAGCUACGAUUAAAUUGUGGCAGUCUGUUGGACAGCGAAACGCCGCCGCCGAAUGUCUCGCCACAAAUGCGUAAGGCUUUGCCCAAGGUGAACCUCACGACGAUCUUCUGCAGUUCGGCCCCCAUUGCCAUUGGCUGUCCCGCCUUCAGUUUCGAUCCGGCUGCCUUGAGUCAUGCCCAUUCGCAGUUGCUGGCUCCGGAUGCGAGUGCCACGCCGCCCGUGCAGAAAUCCUUUUCGGCUCCAACAUUGCCACAUGCCGCUUCGCUGUCCGUAUCGCCGCGAUUUGCCAAACAGGCGCUGGCCGCCCACAAGCGGCGUUCGCGUCAUUUGAGCGAUCGCAGCGAUCGUAGUUCUUUGGGCUCCGAUGAGCAGCUGUCGGAUGAGGAUCUGGAGUCGGGUCUGUGCAGUCCAGCCGGUGGAUCACCGUUGAAGUGUCGCGCCAGGCUGGCGGCUCAUUUCGCCGGGCGUCCGCUGCUGGGAAAUCUGGAGGAAUCGCUGCUGCAGCGGCGGCUUAUGCCCAAGAUCGAGGUUAUGGGCUUCAAGCUGCAGUUGGGCGCCUCCGGAGGAUUCUGUCCCACCCAGUUGACCAUACCGGCGGUGUCAUACUUUUACGAGCUGCAUGGCGAGACGCUGAGCACUCCCUAUUUGUGUGAGAUUCGUCUGCCGCGCAAGGGCUAUUCGGUGCCGAGGACGGGCACGGUGCAGGCCACACUGCUGAACCCCAUGGGCACGGUGGUGCGGAUGUUUGUGAUACCCUACGACAUGCGGGACAUGCCCCCGCUGCACCGCACCUUCAUACGGCAGCGCAUCCUGGCCGAGGAGCUUGGCCAGGAUCAGGAGGCAGGAUCGGGACCGAAGAUGCCCCGGAGUCCCACAGUUACUAGCACCACCAGCAAACUGGGACACUUUAUCAGUGCCGAGCAAAUGAAACGGCUGCGCUACUCCAUACACCUGAGGUUCCAGACAUCUCGCUCCGGACGAUUGUGCCUGCACACGGACAUUCGCCUGCUGAUCUCACGCCGCACCGAUUGCGAUACGGCGGCUGCCCAUGCCAAGGGCGUCUUGGAGGCACCCAACGAGCUGGUGACGGACACUCUGAUGCCCGCCGAGCCGCGUUACAGUGCGCGACAGGAGAGCGCCGGCCGGAUUUAGUAGCUACUGCAAGCCCUGGGCGGCACACUCGAGCUGCUGCGUCGCCUGUGCAAGCAGCUCCAGGAUAAAUGGCAGCAACGUGAGCCUCGGGAUCUCUGGCAGUGGCCCAGAUACCAAUUGUAGCUGAUCAGGAGUAGGAGUCGGAGUCGGAGUCGGAGCAGGCGGUGGCGAAAGCGGAGGGCAGGAGGCGAAACAAAAUCCUGUGUGCGUGUGUGUGUGUGACAACCAACCAACCAACUGCUUUACUAGUUAUCGUUUAAUCUAUCCCUAAGCUUAGUUUCUCUUAAAUUCUUUUUUUUGGUAUUCCACCUCUCGCAUGAGGUUCUAUAUAUUCGUUUAGUUUGAAUUUGAAUUACUGGCAAAAUGUGUGUGAAAAAAACACUGCGAUAGUAAAAAAAUGUUGAAUAUGAAAAAGCAAUUGAAUCGAAUCGAAUCGGUCGGUCAGUCAGAGACGAGCGAAGCAAAACUAUCUGUGUCUGUUUAUCUAUAACUGCAAUCGUAUCUCCGAAUCGAACUGUUACUGUAUCUUUUGAGGGGUCCAUGUCCACAUGAUGAGGAUCUAAAGUGCGGAGCAAUUAGCAAUACUAGAAAAAAAAACUAUGCAAUGUGUGAGUGUGUAAACGCAAGGGAGAUAACUACGUAUAUAGGGCAAACAUGCAGAUAUCACAUACAAUAUAUAUAUAUAUAUUUAAAUAUAUAUUUAUGUACCAUAUGUAUAAUCGUCGAGUAGCGUCAGCAAUUUUAAACGGCAAUUUUGUGGAGGAGUCAGCGAUUUGCAGUAGGUUUUUUGGGGGCCAGGAUAAGAAGGAAGCAUGGUUGAUGCGCACGCUCAUAUCGAUCGUUGUUGUUAGUGUGUAGUGUGUUUUAACCACAGAAAUUAAACAAAAACAGAAACAGAAACAGAACCCUUUCAUUGAGUGCAAGUUUGAAAUGAGUUUAUCUUCUAAUUUCGAUUCUAAUUUGGUAUUUCCGUUCUGAGAGUGUCUAUUAAGCGUGCCUGUGAUACGAUAUGAGCUGCAUGUGGGGGGUAAUUCUAAUAGAGUUUUUUUAGUUAAAUACAAUUGACAAUUACACUUUUGUCGUUCUCCUUCCCCGUUUUUUUUUUCUUGUUUACAGACUACAGAUUAGUUUCUCUGUUUUGUUGUGUUCUCCAUAUGCAACAAGUGCUUGGAGUUUAUUUGCACGCCAUGCAAUCGGGGGGUUUUUUAUAGAAAAACACCUCGCCAACUUCAGGCACAUUUGUACUUCAAUAAUACAACUACACUAUUACUGAUCUAGAUGUGUUGAAUUCUAAACAAAUUCUAAUUUUCCAAUUGAUACCUGACUAUAACUAUUGUAUAACAACGUACUACACAGCUAUUAACAAAUUUUCAAUCUAGGUGGUAUGAAAAACAAAUAAAAUAUAACAUUUAGAAAACCAAAUAAAAAACAAAAAAAAAUAAGAAAGAGGGAAACUCAAAAAAAAUCCAAGCGAAACAAUAAAGCAAAGUCGAUGGGAAUAUGCAUUAAACCCAUCGACUGGGAAUCAUACAAUUUACUUUGUUCAAUUUGUUUUAAGUAGAGAGCUUAAUGUGCGCUGUCAAUAGCAAUUAUAUGUGUAACAAUAACACCAAUAUACAAUACAAUGAUUCAAUAAAGGGAAA